AUGGCUUGCAGACAACACAUCGCGGUAGUUCUGGCUAUUUGCCUGUUGGCUCAAGCGUUCGCCUUGCCCGCGAACCCCAAACCAGCUCGAUGGAGAAGAGACGAUUUUGAUAACGAGCUAAGCGAUCCCUUUGAUAAGAAAUCUGACUCUGUAUCUACAUCAACAUCAUCGUCGAUCACAGUCGACCCGUUCGCUGAUGAUGACGACGACGACGAUUUCAGCGAGUCAAUGCAGUCAUCACCUACCACCGGGGGUAGCAACCUGUUCAGCCUGUUGCGUCUCGCCGGCGCCCUGUUCCCGGGCUCUUCCACUAGUAAUAACUUCUUGUCGAACAUGUUGAGAGAGAUACUAAACUACAAUCAGGGAUACUUCUUACUGCGACGUCAGGAUGUCGAUAAAAAUACAAUCGAAAUUGAUUAUGUAAAAGGCUUGAAACCUCCACCGCCGCCUUUCGAAAGGCAAGAAUCCGCUCAAGAUGAUGGUUCUGAAAGUGAUGAGGACUCAGACAGUGGUGAUGAUGAUGACAAAGCCGGUGGAGGUGAAGAGAGCGUCGAAGAAGAUAAGAACGGUGACAUCGAUGAUGAUGAUAAUGCAUCAAACGCUUCGGACGAUUAUGAUGAGCCACCCGAGGGUGAUGGACAGGGUGGUGGAGUCCUUGGAAUUUUAGCUGGAUUAAGCGGAGGAGAAGAUGGACAGUCAGAUUUGGGUGAUUUAUUGGCAACUAUAAGUGGAAUAGUUGGAAAUCUCAGUGGUGACGGUAUAGAUCUUAACGCCCUCAUCGCAUCGGGUUUAGGACUCUUCGUUGGAUUAUUGUCAGAGGGUGAAGAAAACCCUGGAACAGUCAUCGGUAGUUAUCUGUUGACUUCUUUGGAUUCCAUCACAGGAGGCGGCGCUCAAAACAAUGGUGCUUUCUUUGGAAAUUUAGUUUCCAAAUUAGUGAAGGGGACAAGUGCGGUAUGUAUAACAUUUUAACAUUAUUUUUCUUCUGUUCUAAACUUAGUUCUCAUUUGAUCAAAUUUUUUUGUUGUUUUUGUUGUUGUCCAAAAAAAUAAAGACAAGCUGUCAGUUUUUUGCUAAAUUUACUGUAGAAAGAUACUUUCUGUAGAAAGACUGAAUUUGGUGCGUUAUAAGUUAUUCUUUUCUACCAGUUCAACGUGGAAAGUGAAAAGAAAAAUCACACCUGCUGAACAGCCAGAAGGUGAUUCCGAUGAGAAUGGCGGUAACGGAGGGCCAAUGUCUGACUCCACCGGAUUCUUUGCAAGUUUGCUGAUGGGACUCCUUGGAGACAUGUCGAAGACCAGCUCCAGUGGCAGCUCGCAACCCUCGCGAAGAUAUGAGCGGACAGAUGGAACGAGUUAUAUAAACGAAGAUGACAAAAGAUCACUAAUUACCUUUCGAUAUAUAUAUACAUAAAUACUUUGUGUGCUUUAUAUUUUUGUAAAUAAAUCGAAUUAGAAAACAAAUAAUUAGAUAAAUUAUUUUUUCCAGAUUUUUUUAAGGUAACAUAAUCGUGUAAGUAAAAACUUAUCUGUUUGUAUUUUAGCAAGUACAUGUAAUGCAAAUGUUAUGUCAUAGGUAGUAAUGUAGGUACUAUUUUGACUGUAGAAGAUUUUUACGCAUCGACCAUCUCUUUAGCUCUUUGUCAAAGCGACGCGACGCGACGCAUCAUGUUUUUCGCCUGUAACUCAGCACCCCAAGUGUGAGUUGCGCCUCGAUUUAACUUU